AUGGGGAGUUUCAAUGGCUCUACAUUCUACAAUCCUCAGUCAAAUCAGCUUACAUUCCCGAUUCUUUUGCCACUGAAUUGCUCGGAAUCGUCACCCACUUGCUUAACGCCGCAACCUCUACUUUUCUCACUGCCCGCCCCAAAAGCGUUUCGUUCCUCUAGGGAUGCUUCUGCAAGUCAUGGUGCCAGUGUGGGUGGAAGCAAUGGCGUUUUGACAGAAUAUACUGAAAACAAUGUCGUAUAUACCGCUGACAUAAAGCCUACUGCAUUUCAAAAGACUCAAACGGUUAUCUCCUAUUUACCACCUUCGGGAUCCCCAGGAUCCUCAAGAUCUUUAGGAUUCUCGUCGGGAUAUUCAGGACUCUCAGGUUUCCCAGGGUUUUCAAGACCCUUAGAAUCUGUAAACUUCACAAAACCUUUAGAAAUUUCAAGUUUCUCAGGACUUUCAGGAUUCUUAAUACCCUCGCAACCGUUAGGUCCCUCGGGAUUCCCAGGAUCCGCAAAACCUUCAGAAUUUCCAAGACCCUUAGAACCUUCAAGAUUCUUAGAACCUGCAGAACUUUCAGGAAUACCUUCAACAACCACCAGAAGACCAUUCUCUUCCUCUCUUACGCCAAAUGAAAUUGGCGUUUCUAUUAAUGUAGCGACUACAGAGGAAGUUCCACGACUUCCUGAAACCAAAACUAGUAUUCCGAGUACUGGUACUGGAAUCACCACUCAAGCUGAUGACGAUCUGCAUCCGCCCCAUAUUCAUAGCCUUGAUGUCGAAUGUAGUAAGACAAUGAUGACGAUCAAUAUCGAAUUCAAUCGCGUUUUCGACGGCAUUAUUUAUUCCAAGGGAUAUUAUGCGAACCCGGAAUGUACCUAUGUGAAACAGAAUUCUGGCUCAACGCGGUACUCUUUCACUGUGAAUCUAAACUCCUGCGGAACUCAAUUUAUCAACGAUUUCGCAGGUGCUGGUCAAGCGUAUUUGGAGAACGUCCUCGUAUUACAAAACGAACCGGAUGUACAAGAAGUGUGGGACACAGUCCGAGGAGUACAAUGCCUCUGGGAAGGAAACAUCAAUAAGGCUCUAACGGUGAAUCUUUCAGUAGAUAUAUUGAAACCGGAUGUCGCUAAAUUUGACGGUGAUACUGCAAUAGCCAAAUUGGAUAUUCAAAUUGGUAAAGGACCUUUCGCACCUGCUGCCGACGGGCUCGUAAAAAUCGGAGAAACAAUGACUUUAGUAGUCUCAGUAGAAGGCGAUCCUGAUUUCGAUCUUCAGGUACGCGACUGCUUGGCGCGAGAUGAAAUUUCAUCAAACAUGCUACAGCUCACCGAUAAUAGAGGUUGCAUUUUAAAACCGAAGCUGUUCGGUGCCUUCCAAAAGACAAAGGAUACUGGCAAUACAGGCGCUUCUAUUAUCGCUUAUGCAUUCUUUCAAGCCUUUAAAUUUCCCGAUGUUUUGGAUUUAUUUAUCGAAUGUAAUGUCGAAUUAUGUAAAACUAAUUGUGAACCUUGUCCGGACGUAAAUCAACAAAUUGAGCCAGGAAGACGUCGUCGCUCGGUAACAUAUGCACAACCUUCAAGCAAUUCAACGAAUUCGAUUCUGUUAUCAGAUCCAGUUCGUAUUGGACGGCGUUUCAAAGUGAUCAUGUUAGACGAUAUAAGUGUAGCAUCCAGCCAAAUUUUGGAUAUAAAGGAAACAGCGGUCGAAGCGAUAAACAUAAAAGAAAUCUGCAUGAGCAGCAGUGGAUUUUACACGAUAUUCUCUCUUACAUUGGGCACGCUUUUUACCGCGAUCAUAAGCGCAGUUGUGUUAUAUGUUAAAUUACAACGAAUCCACUGACCAAAAUCAUG